AUGGAAUCAUUCGGACUUAGUUUGAAUAAUACACUUAAUAGAGAUUCAACGAAUGCAAAAAUGCAGAUUGACUAUUGCUUCACUAAUGUGAAAGACUUAAAAUCUGAUUAUUCUGAAAGUCUUACAAGUUUUCAUAAACCAAUAUGGAUAAGAAAACCUAAAGUUUUGACUAAGUUUCAUUUGGAUGAAAUCGAAGACAUUCGUACAAAUAUACCUUUUAAUAUUGAAGAUGUUAUAACUGAUGAUCAAUCUGACACGAUGGAAGUCGAUGAGAAAUUUGUUUUUGAAUGUCAUGAAACAGUCGAUAAAAACGAACAAAUUGACUUAGAUAUGUCUUUCCAUUUGGAAGAUCUAAAAGUUAAUGAUCCAUCUGACAUGAUGGAUACUGAAGAAAAAUCUUCUUCCGAAAACUGA